UCCAAGAUGACCAAAAAAAGAAGAAACAACGGUGGUGCCAAGAAGGGCUGCGGCCAUGUGCAGCCAAUUCGCUGCACGAACUGCGCCCGGUGCCUGCCCAAGGAUAAGGCCAUUGAGAAGUUCGUCAUUCGGAACAUUGUAGAAGCCGCUGCUGUCAGGGACAUAUCUAAAGCAAGCGUCUUCAAGGCCUACGUGCUUCCCAAGCUCUAUGUCAAGCUGCAUUACUGUGUGAGCUGUGCCAUUCAUAGCAAGGUCGUCAGGAAUCGAUCCCGUGAAGCCCGGAAGGACAGAACACCCCCACCACGAUUCAGAACUGCUGGCGCUGCACCACGACCUCCACCAAAGCCCAUGUAG